GUUUGUAAAGCAACUUUGUAAAAAACUGGAAAAAGUAACUUUUUAAAAGUUUAAUCAUUUAUUUAUUAGUGUUAUAUCUGUUAUAUUUAGUAGAUUUUAAUUAUUUUAACGAGGGAAUAUGUUAACUCGACGUUUAAUUUUUUCCCACACUACAAGAAUGAAUUUUGAAAAAAAAAAAUUUUCCAAAAGUUCUUUGUCACAAGCUGAAAUCAGUAACGAAAAAAUUCAAAAUGUCAAUAAAAAUGAAUCUGCACGAAUGCAAAAGUUUCACGAAAAACUCAAGGCCGAUGUUUUACCACCGGAAAUAGAUCGUUCCAUGCGAUUUAUCGACUUGGUUCUCGUGGAAACUGAUCCAAAAAGUGGUGAAAUUAUUCCCAAUUCAGAAAAAGAACCAACCAAAUGGGGCGAUUGGCAGCACGGUGGAAGGGUUACGGAUUUUUAAAUAAAAAAAGAAAAAUUCUCCACUUUUCUCAAUGAUAGAAAUUUGUAUUUAAAAUACAAAGAAAUUAUUGCUAACUACACACUCCCGUAGAAAAUCUCUUCAAAAUUUCAAAAUUAAUUACAAUAUCCAUUUUUUUUCAACCAAAAAAAAAAAAACAGAA